GAAGUAUACUCAGUUCAAGCAAAGAAUCAGUUUCAGGUUUCAGGCUGAAGUGUCUUGAUGACUGGAAUUCAGGUUGCAAGCAGAAGCCCACAAGGCCAAGGGUAUUGGAUAUAACGGAAGUGGAAGCUAUACCUGACUUUUAGAGAAUGUGGACUGGAUAUCAGAUCUUAAUCUUCUCUUAUCUUACUACAGAAAUCUGGAUGGAGAAGCAGUAUUUAUCUCAAAGAGAAGUGGAUCUAGAAGCUUAUUUCACUAGGAAUCACACCAUUUUGGAAGGUACUCGAUUCAAAAGAGCCAUUUUCCAAGGACGAUACUGUAGAAAUUUUGGUUGUUGUGAAGACAGAGAUGAUGGCUGUGUCACUGAGUUCUAUGAGGCAAAUGCAUUGUGCUACUGUGAUAAAUUCUGUGACAGGGAAAAUUCUGAUUGCUGUCCUGAUUACAAGUCCUUUUGCCAUGAAGAAAAAGAAUGGGAUCCUCACACACUGCCUUGGUAUCCAGAAGGUUGCUUCAAAGAUGGUCAACGUUAUGAAGAGGGAUCAGUAAUUAAAGAAAACUGCAACUCCUGCACAUGCUCAGGACAGCAGUGGAAAUGUUCCCAGCAUGUAUGCCUUGUUCGUCCAGAAUUAAUUGAACAGGUCAAUAAAGGAGACUAUGGUUGGACAGCACAGAACUACAGCCAAUUUUGGGGAAUGACUUUAGAAGAUGGUUUCAAAUUUCGCCUUGGCACCUUGCCACCUAGUCCCAUGCUCCUGAGCAUGAAUGAAAUGACAGCUUCUUUACCUGCAACAACUGAUCUUCCAGAAUUUUUUGUUGCUUCUUAUAAAUGGCCUGGAUGGACUCAUGGCCCAUUGGAUCAAAAAAAUUGUGCUGCAUCCUGGGCAUUUUCCACUGCAAGUGUGGCUGCUGACAGAAUAGCAAUUCAGUCUAAGGGAAGAUACACAGCCAAUCUAUCCCCUCAGAAUUUGAUCUCUUGCUGUGCCAAGAACCGUCAUGGAUGCAACAGUGGAAGCAUCGAUAGGGCUUGGUGGUACCUGAGAAAACGUGGGCUGGUAUCCCAUGCAUGCUAUCCACUUUUCAAGGACCAAAAUGCUACCAACAGUGGAUGUGCCAUGGCAAGCAGGUCUGAUGGACGAGGAAAACGGCAUGCCACAAAGCCGUGUCCCAACAACAUAGAAAAAUCGAACAGGAUCUACCAAUGUUCUCCUCCAUACAGAGUCUCUUCCAGUGAAACUGAGAUAAUGAAAGAAAUCAUGCAAAAUGGGCCAGUUCAAGCCAUAAUGAAAGUCCAUGAGGAUUUCUUCCAUUAUAAGACAGGAAUAUAUAGACAUGUUACCAGCACAAAUAAAGAAUCAGAAAAAUUUCGAAAGCUUCAGACACAUGCAGUCAAACUCACUGGAUGGGGCACACUGAGAGGAGCACAAGGGCGGAAGGAAAAAUUUUGGAUUGCUGCCAAUUCCUGGGGAAAGUCAUGGGGAGAGAAUGGCUAUUUCAGAAUUCUUCGAGGAGUAAAUGAGUCUGACAUUGAAAAGUUGAUUAUUGCAGCUUGGGGCCAACUGGCAAGUUCUGAUGAACCAUAACAUAUCAUUAAAUUUCCAUAAAGCCAUGCCUUUAAAUAAUCCCCUAAAUUUGAAGUUGAGCAAUGUGAAGUUCUUGGUGACAGUGGAAUCUUUGUCUCUUCACCGUGUUAACAUAAUAUAUCUGUUUUCUCCUUGUAGCCCCAGUCUGUGCUUCUGCUUUCUUCAUAUUACUGAGCAUAAAAAACACAAAUAAAGGACAGCAGAGUGCCUAAAUGCCUUUAAAGUU